AACACCGACGGCCGGCGGCCAAGUGUGGCGACUCACGCCAUAGUGUCACGGCUCAGGGGCUGCCGGUCGGGGCAGUGGUCCAUACCAAACCGAGCCAGUGGACGCGGGGAGGUCGGUACGGGCACACCGCUGCACUCCGGAUCGGACACGGGAAGGACAACUCAGUCCGAACAGCGCUCCGCUGAAGGUCGACGCGGCAGGGACCAGCCAUGGCAGCCAUGGCGCUGGAGAGUGUCGCCCAGGCGAUCCAAGGCCUCGGCUCCACCCGGGUGAAGAUCGACACGGGCGCCUUCUCGCUGCACUACCGGGCCACCACCACUGUGUUUGUCGCGUUCGGAGGCCUUCUGUACACCACUGGGCUGAUGGUGGAUCCCCUGCAGUGCCAGCCGGCCGCCGGCAGCGAUGGCGCCUCGACGCCGGUCAUCAACGCCUUCUGCUGGUCGGCCGGCACCUACAGCCUGAAGCCGACAGACGGCACCACUGAGGAGUCGGGCAUUCCCCACGGCCGGCGUCACAGCUACUACUCGUGGGCGGCGCUGCUGCUCAUCGUCCAGGGCCUGCUGUUCUACCUGCCGCACUGGAUCUGGAACGCCCUGGAGGGACGCACCAUCGCCUCCAUCGUCCAGGACACCAGCAACCGGAUGUUCGACCAGCAGACAGCCUCUGUGUCUGGCGAACGUCACUCAGUACUUCCGCAGGACCAGGGGACAACAUCAGGCCUACUUGUCCUUCUACGUCGCCUGCGAGGCUCUCAACUUCGUCAACGUGAUCAGCAGUUUGUUUCUGAUGGACGCCUACCUCGGCGGGGGGUUUCUCGGUUACGGGGCUCGCGUUGUGAGUCACCGCUGGGUCGAGGACCAGCCCGGACCGAUGGAAGAGCAGUUUCCCAAGAUGACCGGGUGUCGGGUUACCCUGCCGGCUGCGGACGGGUCCGACGGCGCCACCACCGACACCAUCUGCGUGCUGACGCUGAACGCCCUCUACGAGAAGGUCUACCUGCUGCUAUGGUUCUGGCUGAUCAUCCUGUCCGUGAUCAGCGGCUGCAGCCUGCUCUGGCGGCUGGUGACCAUGCCGAUCCCCCAGCUGCGUGUGGCGGCGCUCAGCCGCCGCGCGCCGCUCGCCCACCCUGACGACCUCCGUGACCUCUCCGACGCCCUGGGGCUCGGUGACCUCUUCGUCCUCAGCCUGGUCGCCGAGAACGUCGACUCUGGAGCGUUUCAGCGACUGGCCUAUGAGCUGGCGACGACACUGACUGGCCGGCGUCCCGUCGGAGAGGAAUCCGUCCGGCCGACCCCCAUCAGCGACGGACCGUGCGCCUUCAAACGACCCGACUCCUCGAGCGGGGUGUUCAAACGGCCAGACUCGACAGUGACCCCGGCCAAAUGACAUCUGCAGCUAACAGUGGUGGUACGCUGAAAGGCGACUGUCUGCCACUGGAGGGGAGGGGGAUGAGUGAGAGAGGGAAGGCGGCUGGGCGUCCACCGAUGAUCGAUACCUUAUACAAAGGAGUUCACUAAAUGUACAAUGAAAGAGAUACUUACUGGGAGACAUUGGAUGCAUGCGUACAAUUUUACAGAAUUUCUAGUCAUUCUGAAUCUGUAGAGUGCCUCCUAACUCGGUCAGGUCGGCAUUCUACAUACAGAAUACCUGAAUGCCUGAUUCCACACAUUGCCUGUAACUUAUUUGUAGGCAUAAUAUUCUGCAUUACAAUAUCUGCACAUCGAAUGACUGAGAAAGCAGGUUGAAGCAUAGGAACAGCUAAUGUCAUUGAAGCACAUCACCGGAAUCAUUUAUCUGAUUCAUUAGCGAUUACAUUGAGUGUUCAAUAUCGCAUUAAUUGAAUACGUGAGAAGGAACUAUUGCAGUUGUAUGUAUGACUGUUCUAUGUGGGUACUUGAGACUGUGCAAUAUGUGAUAUGUGCAAAUGAUGGACCUAUUGGUCCAAUCACUCGCGUAUUUAGUCGCACGCUACAUGUAUGUAAUAUGCCUUUAAUGGUCAUAGAUGUAUCAGCUUUCACGUUGUCAGCAUUGUAAGAAUCAUGCGAAUCUAGGAAAUGUUAUUGAAGUUCAUUUAUUUAUUAUUUGCACGCAUGCUUGACUCCUCAACACACGACCUUUUAGUGAUACAAACGUUGAGGCUAUUCUACCUACUUACGUAAGCAAUUGUUCUGGUAUGAGUUUUUUAAUACAAUUUAUUUGAAACAUGUGGCUCGAUAAAUAAUAAACAUAACUCAACUAA